UAGACAGAGAUUUGAAUGCGCAAGAAUAUUGGUGACCUCAAAUCUUUGUAAAAAUCGAAGGAUAUAAACAUUGCGUUCAUAAUUCAUUUUAUUUCGUUACAUCCAUAACACAAACAUGAACACAUUUAAGAAGAGUUAACGUUGGUUCAAUUUUGUAAUACAAGGAAUUCGAGGAGGUGGAAGGCGUUUUGACAUGCCAAAAAGUCCCUAUGGAGUGCCCCCAUUUGGAAGAAUCGGUCCGCGUUUCAACGCCAAUUCAGGCGCAAACAACUGACAUUCCAUUUAGAUUGCAGUGUUCUGAAUGUGCCACAGAAGCAAGUCCUUGGAUAUGUAUGAUGUGUGGAUUAAUUGGUUGUGGAAGGUAUGAGAAGGGACAUGCACUACGUCAUCAUGAGACCUGUGACAAACAUUGUGUUUGCAUGGAUGCCAAGAAUUAUGCUGUCUACUGCUACAUCUGUGAUGAAUUUGUAAUUAAUGACACGCCCACUGGACAUUGUGAUGCACUCAGGACAAAACUUCAAUCUCUAAGUUCCCAGUGUCAUCAAAUACAAAAGACGUCAAUAAGACGACGGUCAUCUUCGAGCUCAGAAGCAGAAAAUGAUCCGAAGAAACCAAGAAAAGAACUUAAAAAGAUUCGUCCCAAAUCUUCAGGGCUUAGAAACCUUGGAAAUACAUGUUUCAUGAGUGCAGUAUUACAGUCUUUAAGCAACAUUCAACAUUUUUGUGGUUACAUAAAGCAGUUGCCGUCACUUGAAGAUAAGAACAACAAGAUACGAAAGGUCAUCACUCGAAAACAGUCCAGAAACGGAGAAGACAAAGAUAUAUUGUUAGUAGAGGAGCUAAGGAAGACAUUGAUAGCAUUGUGGGAAGGAGGAAAGGCAGCCAUUUCUCCAGAAUCCCUUCUACAUGUGAUAUGGAAACUUGUGCCCAGGUUUCGGGGUUAUCAACAGCAAGACGCCCACGAGUUCAUGCGGUAUUUAUUGGACAGGCUCCACACAGAGUUGUUGGCCUUGCUGCCAUUUACCUUCUCGUCAAACAGUAACAGUCCUUUCAUAGUUCCGGGUCCAAAGGGUAACAGCACCAUAGUGACAGCGAUAUUUGGAGGGCUUCUACAGAGCGAGGUGAACUGCCUCAUCUGUGGCAUGGAGUCAAAGAAACAUGAUCCAUUCUUAGACCUGUCUCUGGAUAUACCUGUACAGUACCAUCAAAGUGUGAAGGCCACAAAGGGCAAAGAGAAUGUAGAUCAACCCAUCUGUCAUCUAGCAGAGUGUCUGGCCCACUUUACGGAGGUAGAGGAGCUAGAAGAGACAGAGCUGUACAUGUGCACUGGCUGCAAGAAGAAGCAGCGCUCUACCAAGAAGUUCUGGAUACGACGAUUACCCAACGUUUUAUGCCUUCAUUUAAAGAGGUUCAAGUGGGCUACAUCGUUUCGCCAAAAGCUAGAGACGUAUAUAGACUUCCCGCUCAACAAUCUAGACAUGAACAAAUACAUUCUUGACAUGCAUGAGACCAGAGGCAUGACAGUGGGCAGUAACAUCUAUGACCUAGCUGCGGUCAUUGUCCAUCAUGGAUCGGGAGCUGGUUCCGGACAUUACACUGCCUAUGUUCUGAAUGAAGGUCAAUGGUACCACUUCAAUGACAGCACGGUGACCGCCUGUGACCCCGAGACAGUGGCCCGGUGCAAGGCCUACAUCCUGUUCUACAUUCGACGGGAGAUACGCCUUCCUGACUACCUGAACGUCAAUCUCAAUGGGCUGUCGAGUACGCAGCGACGAGCAUCCACGUCUUGAGUUAACAUGCGAUGUUUGGGACUUAGGACUUGCAUCUUGCUUGGUUGUUGAAUGAGUAACAUAAGAUGUUGUAAAGCCUUAAAGGUGUUACUGUUUUGCAGGGUCCUAAUAUUGCGAAAUAGGUUAACUGCUGAGGUACUUAGCUGUAAAAAUCUCAAAUUUAGGCAAAACUGUGGGAAGCACAUUUUUUUUAAAACAGGAGGAAAUUUAACAAGGUCUAGGUUAUUUUGUGUAAAUGCUUCUGUUUGUGCAACAUCCAGCCAUCAUUAAGGGGCGUUAUAAAAUUAUUGUCUUUGGUAAGGAGAAGUUUAAGUGGUAGUUUUCUCUAGGUUUAAAGAGUUAUUUAAUCAUACAUGUUGAAAAAGACAGUUAAAAUACAAUCUUAAAUGUAAUGCAGUGGUUAUAGAAAGAACAUUUACUGGUUCUUAACUACUGUGUCAUGUUUCCUAGAAGGAAGCGAUGUUUGGUAGUUCUGUGUUGUUUUUUUAGCUCACCUGUCACGAAGUGACAUGGUGAGCUUAUGUGACCGUGUGAUGUCCGGCAUCCAUAUGUGUGUGCAUGCGUGUGUGCGUGUGUCCAUCAACAAUUUGUUUGUGUAGACAGUAGAUGUCACAGUUUUCAUCCAAUCUUUAUGAAAUUUGGUCAGAAUGUUUAUCUUGAUGAAAUCUGGGUUGGGAUUGUAUUUGGGUUAUCUGGGGUCCAAAACUAGGUCACUAGGUCAAAAACUAGGUCACGUAAUAGGUCAAAUAAUAAAAAAACCUUGUGUAGACAAUAGAGGUCGCAGUUUUCAUCCAAUCUUUAUGAAAUUUUGGUCAGAAUGUUUAUCUUGAUAAAAUCUGGGUUGGGAUUGUAUUUGGGUCAUCUGGGGUCAAAAACUAGGUCAAAUAAUAGAAAAACCUUGUGUAGACCGUAGAGGUCACAGUUUUCAUCCAAUCUUUAUGAAAUUUGGUCAGAAUGUUUAUCUUGAUGAAAUCUGGGUUGGGAUUGUAUUUGGGUCAUCUGGGGUCAAAAACUAGGUAAAAAACUAGGUCACAUAAUAGGUCAAAUAAUAGAAAAACCUUGUGUAGACAAUAGAGGUCGCAGUUUUCAUCCAAUCUUUAUGAAAUUUUGGUCAGAAUGUUUAUCUUGAUAAAAUCUGGGUUGGGAUUGUAUUUGGGUCAUCUGGGGUCAAAAACUAGGUCAAAUAAUAGAAAAACCUUGUGUAGACAGUAGAGGUCACAGUUUUCAUCCAAUCUUAAUGAAAUUUGGUCAGAAUGUUUAUCUUGAUGAAAUCUGGGUUGGGAUUGCAUUUGGGUCAUCUGGGGUCAAAAACUAGGUCACUAGGUCAAAAACUAGGUCAAAAAGUAGAAUAACCUUGUGUUGACAGUAGAGGUCACAGUUUUCAUCCAAUCUUUAUGAAGUUUGGUCAGAAUGUUUAUCUUGAUGAAAUCUGGGUUGGGAGUGUAUUUGGGUCAUCUGAGGUAAAAAACUAGGUCACUUGGUCAAAUAAUAGAAAAACCGUCAACAAUAUGUUUGUGUAGACAGUAGAGGUCACAGUUUUCAUCCAAUCUUUGUGAAAUUUGGUCAGAAUAUUUAUCUUGAUGAAGUCUGGGUUGGGAUUGUAUUUUGGUCAUCUGGGGUCAAAAACUAGAUCACUAGGUCAAAAACUAGGUCACUAGGUCAAAUAAUAUUAAAACCUUGUAUAGACAAUAGAGGUCACAGUUUUCAUCCAAUCUUUAUGAAAUUUUUGGUCUGAAUGUUUACCUUGAUGAAAUCUGGGUUGGGAUUGUAUUUGGGUCAUCUGGGGUCAAAAACUAGGUCACUAGGUCAAAUAAUAGAAAAACCUUGUGUAGACAAUAGAGGUCACAGUUUUCAUCCAAUCUUUAUAAAAUUUGAUCAGAAUUUUUAUCUUGAUGAAAUCUGGGUUGGGAUUGUAUUUGAGUCACCUGGGGUCAAAAACUAGGUCACUAGGUCAAUUAAUAGAAAAACCUUGUGUAGACAAUAGAGGUCACAGUUUUCAUCUAAUAUUUAUGAAAUAUGGUCACAAUGUUUAUCUUGAUGAAAUCUGGGUUGGGUUUGUAUUUGGUUAGUCAGGUGAGCGAUUCAGGGCCAUCAUGGCCCUCUUGUCUUGGAGAAGGGAGGUGGGUAGAAACCAUUGUCUUUCUUGAGGGUGUGUAAUUGAGUGGAUGUGUGAAAUUGUGCUUGGUAUCAUUUGUGUGGCUAUCAUCAUUGCGCUUUUUUUGGCUGUUAUAAUUGUAUUCAUAUGUCCAUAUGUCUCUACUUUUCUUCAUUUUUGUGUGUUUGCUUGGGUAUUUGUAUAUGGUGUAUUUUGUAAACAGGUUUUCAGGAAAGCUUGUUGUCCAUAUGAUUGUUUUGAAGUUGUUUAGUGAUGUUAGCAUAAUACAAUAAAUGGUAUUUAACAAGUGUAAAAUUACAUGGCAGGUGUCGUUUGAAAUUAAAUUGUUUUGAUAAUUGCAUUGAAGCAUUUUGUUAUUUGUAUAAACUUAUCAUUUAGCUUUGAAAGAACUGUUUUACAGGUAACCGUCAAGCAAAUGAUGAAAUUCUCAUACAAUUAUUUCAUGUUAAGAGGCAGUUAAAAUGCUAAUGAUAUUCUAUCAUUUUUUAAUGUAUAAGCAUUCUCUUUAACCCUUUGCAUGCUGGGAAAUUUGUUGUCUGCUAAAAAUGUCAUCUGCUGAAUUUCUAAAAUUAGCAUUUUCUUCGUUUUUGUUUCAAAGAAUACUAUCAGAAUAGCAAACAGUUUGGAUCCUGAUGUGCGGAUCCAAACUGUUUGCAAAGGCCUUUAAAAUUCGGUUCCAGCACUGAAAGGGUUAAUAAGCAAAUUUCUGUUUUCUUUUCCAUUUAAAUUCAGUUUAGGAAAUAUAAUAAUUAAGCUCUUAUAUAUUAUUUCAAUGCUAUCUGUGAAAGAACGCAUACAUUUGUACUGUUGAUGUAAUAUGUUAUAGUUAAUUUUAGACAGCACAAGUGGUAUUUCAUAUUAUAGUAGUUACUUUAAUUUGAAAGUGUUAUGAUGCAAGAGAAUAUUUUGUUAAGUCAUAAAAAUUAGCAGUUCAAGGAUGUAUGUAUGCAUUAAAAAAAAAAGUUGACCAUUGAAUUGACAGUGAAUCAUUUGCUAAUUGUUUUGAUUGGGUACAUGUGACUUUGUUGUUGAGAGAAAACUGUGUUUUCUCAUGGAAAUAAAUAAAUGAUAAAUGUUGAA